AGUUUUCCACCUUUUUGCUUUCAUCCCAACCGUUUUUUGUUCGGAUUCCUUGUCAAAAAAUGAGUUUCCAGCAUUUCAGGCUCGGGCAACUGGCCAUGUCCCAGCCUUUGCCUCCACAUUUGCAACAGAAUCAGCAGCAACCUUACUCACAAAAUCCCCCAUCAUCCACAUCUACACCUCCAGCGCCUUCGAGCCUUGCUACCCCAGCACCCCCCAAGUCGACCACCGCAAGAUCACCUUACGGUUGUGGUGACAGUGACGAUGGAUAUACUCUUAUAUUUCCAAACCUUGCUGCCUUCCAAGAAUGGAGGGUUCAAGAGGAAGAAACUCAAAUGGUCGAAUUCGUGAAGGGCGAUACUCACGGCAGCAAAGCAGUUCCUCCUCGUUUCAAGGACCACACCAAACUUGUUUGCGCCCGGCAUUCCAGGAGCGGUCGCAAAAAGUACGUAAAGAAACACCCUGAGCGCGUUCGCAAGGUACCCAGCAGGAAGCUUGAAGGUCAAGGGUGUUUGGCAUCCAUCAGCUACAAGACUUAUUAUGACACUGAUGAGGUUCGGGUAUGUUAUAUUGCUGAGCAUUCUCAUGCAAUUGGACUGGCAAACCUGCCCUUCACCCGUCGUGGUAGACGACAAACAGUCCUGGCGGAAAAGGAGGAGGCAAAGCGUACCAUACAAACUGCAUCUGCAGUCCCUGCUCCUUCACAGCAGGAGGACUCCUCUACUUCAUCUCAAACCCAGGUCCAAAGCUAUCCUUCAAACCCUCCACUUACCCAUCUACCUCAUCCGUUCCCUGCUUUCCCUGGACCUCCAGCAAUGGCAUAUCCUCACAUCGUACCUCCUCAGGGUUCACCAUCUCAACAAGAACUGUGGGAUCGCAUGAGCAUUUUAUUUAACUCCAUUCGUGAACAUGCUCGAGCAUUCGAUUACCCAGGGCCUACUGUUGUUGCUCUUGAAAGCGUUCUCAUCCGACUGUACUUGGAAAGCCCGAUGGGCGUCGUAGGGGGGCCAAGCUUUGGAGUUCUUGGCACGAGUAUGCACGGAGGCGCGAUGGCUCCUCAUCAGCACCAGCAUCAACAGCCACAUCAGGAUGUUCGCCAACACCAACAGCAAAUGAACGGUACAUCACCUCAAAAUGGUGAACAAGUAGUUAAUAAUGAAAUGGAUAGCGGUAUAGAAAGUGGUUGACAACCGAGAUUUCGGUUUUUGUUUUCUUUUUCCAUCCUUGCGGACUGUGCUCAACUGUAAGAUAGGACGAUGUCUAGUGGAUUUUGCAUGUGUUCGUUCCCGAGGCGGGAAUCAGACAAGGAGUACUUACUUACCAUUCGUGUACCAAACCUCUAAUACUCCUAACACAGUAUAAUUCAUCCCAGAUU